UUCAGAAAUUUCAAUUACUUAGUUGAUUUGACGUAAUGAGAAAAGGUGAAAGGUCGCCACUUUUCAAGUUUUGAACUGUGUCCCUAUCCCGCCCGCUCUCACUGACGCUCCUCUGCAUAUAAUAUAUCAACCAUUCUCAUUCUCCUUCGACCACAAUGCUUUUUUCUUCAACACUCACUUCCCAUUCAAAGGUAUGAGCUAGAUUUUCAUUUGAGACAAUUGGGUUGCUCUUCUUCUAGGCACAAGCAAUGGAUAAAGUAGAUAAAGCGUGUGCCAAAGAUGAAGAACGUCCAAUCCGUAUCACCAGAGCAAAGACUAGAGCUAUGAGAGGAAUUCCUCCUCCCCCCUCAAGACCUUCCUCUGGAAAUGAACAGAAAAACAUGUCUCGAGCAAAUUCCAAAAGAGCAGCCGCUUCUGGAGAUCAAACUUCUGUGGUUGUUCCUGCUCUUAUCCAAAAUAAGAGAAGGGCAGUUCUGACAGAUGUAACAAAUAUACAUGAUAAGUGUACUAAUGCAUCAAAAUUUAUGGCCAAAGGAGUUUAUACAAAGAAAAGCACAAAACUAGCUUCAGGUAUUACCUCUGAAUUCUCAUCAACACAAGAGAAUGUUAGAGCAAAGUUAGUUGAAGAUUUAUCAACAAUAAGGAUGGUAGAAUCCGAUGACUCCAUAAGUGAACGUGUUAUACCAGGCACCAAGCCGUCAAUGCAAGAUUCUGUGAAGUCCGAUGAAGUCCAGAGCUCUUCAAAAAAUGAUGUAGAUGUGAUUUCUGAGAAGUCAGGAACCUCAAACUCCCUUGAUAUAGUGGACAUUGAUUCAGAGUUAAGGGAUCCUCAAAUUUGGAGUUCUUAUGCCUCUGACAUGUACAACAACAUUCGAGUCUCAGAGCUUGAAAGGAAACCAUUGACCAACUACAUGGAGAAGUUGCAGACAGAUAUUAAUCCAAGCAUGCGUGGAAUUCUGGUAGAUUGGCUUGUGGAGGUUUCUGAGGAAUACAGAUUGGUUCCAGAUGCCCUUUACCUGACAGUGAACCUCAUUGAUCGGUAUCUAUCAACUAAAUUCAUUCAGAAGCAAAGACUACAGUUGCUGGGUGUUACUAGCAUGCUAAUUGCAUCAAAGUACGAAGAGAUGUGCCCACCUCGAGUGGAAGAAUUCUGCUUCAUCACAGAUAACACAUACACAAAGGAAGAGGUACUGAAAAUGGAGAGAGAAGUACUGAAUGUGAUUCAUUUUCAGUUAUCUGUUCCCACAAUCAAAACAUUUCUGAGGAGAUACAUCCAAGCAGCACAAUCUUCUUACAAGGCUCCUUGUGUUGAACUGGAAUUUUUGGCAAAUUAUUUAGCAGAGCUUGCUCUUGUUGAAUAUAGCUUCUUCCAGUUUCUUCCUUCCCUUGUAGCUGCAUCUGCCGUGUUCCUUGCCAGAUGGACCCUGAACGAUUCAGAACAUCCAUGGAAUCCAACUUUGGAGCACUACACAAACUACAAAGCUUCAGAGCUCAAAACUGUUGUUCUUGAACUGCAAGAUUUGCAACUUAAUUCCAAAGGCUGUCCCCUCAAUGCUGUUCGCGAUAAGUAUAAACUACAGAAGUUCAAUUGUGUGGCAAACUUGUCCCCAAAACCGGUGCAGUCACUCUUCCAGGGCCAAGUGUAAAUGUUUUUGGCUGUUCCCUAAAGACUAAUGGAUGACUUCACAGUUUGUGGCAGUGAUGCUUGAUAAUCAUCAUCAGUUGCAUAUAUUUUACCAUUCUUUUUUGUCAUCAAUCACCCACUUGCUGUCUGUUCCGUAAUUGUUACAUGUUUAAGGUGGUCAGAUUUCUUUGUUAAACAAUUUUUGCCGAUGAUACAGUUCAAAGAGUGAGUUGAUGUACUAACACCAAGUAGGCUUCAUUUUAAGGUUGUCAUGAUGCAACAAAGCCCUAUAGUUGGUCUCAAUAUUUUGUACCGAAACAAACAUUUAUGUAUGUAAUGCAAAUUAAAUUACAUACAAUUUAUUUUCUAUUUA